AUCGAUAGCAGCAAUUUCCUUCGAUUCUGCAUCCCUAGCAGCCAAAACAAGCAGAUUGAUUAAUUUAUUGUUAACAAAGUGCCGAAAAAAGCAUUACAAUGAGUUCGGGCGCUAUACGCACUCCCGUUUCGCAAAUCAUACAUAACAAGGAUGACCAAGAUGCCGAGGAAGAGCCCAAAAAGAAGUCACGUGAGGACUGGCGCAAAGCCAAGGAGUUGGAAGAGGCACGAAAGGCAGGAACUGCGCCUGCCGCUGUCGACGAGGAGGGUCGCGACAUCAAUCCGCACAUUCCCCAAUACAUAUCGAAUGCACCGUGGUACUACGGCUCCCAGGGACCCACACUGAAGCAUCAGCGUCCACAGCACGAGGAUGAACGCGGCCAGCUAGACAAUAGAGCGCCCAAGGGCUUAGACACCACGCGGCUGGUUACCAAGUUUCGCAAAGGAGCCUGCGAAAAUUGUGGCGCAAUGACACACAAGCGCAAGGAUUGCUUGGAGCGCCCACGCAAAGUGCAGGCCAAGUAUGCGGAGUCCAUUGUGGUGCACGACGAGCACAUUGUGUCGGAUGCCUCUAUAAACUACGAUGAGAAACGCGAUCGCUGGAGUUCCUACGAUCCGGCGAAUCAUCGAGAGAUUAUUGAGGAAUAUGAAAAAGUGGAGGAGGCCAAGCGACAGCUGAAGGCGGAGAAACUCAAGAAUGAUCCCGAUGCGGAGAUUUCGGAUGAGGAAGGCAACGAGGACAAGUAUGUGGACGAGGUUGACAUGCCGGGCACCAAAGUGGACUCCAAACAGCGUAUUACGGUACGAAACUUGCGCAUACGUGAGGACACAGCGAAAUAUCUGCGAAACUUGGAUCCUAACUCGGCGUACUAUGAUCCCAAGACGCGCUCUAUGAGAGACAAUCCCAAUCCUGCAGUUCCAGCUGAAGAAGCCGAAUUUGCUGGCGAGAACUUUGUACGCUUUUCUGGAGACACCACAGCACAGGCAACCGCACAAUUAUUUGCUUGGGAGGCACAUGGCAAAGGCGUCGAUGUGCAUCUUUUGGCCGAACCUACCAAACUGGAGCUGCUGCAGAAGGAGUAUGAGCAGAAGAAGGAACAGUUCAAGUCAAGCACCAAGACAGACAUUGUGGAAAAGUAUGGCGGCGAGGAGCAUCUGCAGGUGCCUUCGAAGUCACUGCUGCUCGCCCAGACCGAGGAGUAUGUGGAGUAUUCGCGCAGCGGUAAAGUCAUCAAGGGCAUUGAGAAGCCCAAGGCACGCAGCAUCUACGAAGAGGAUGUGUACAUCAAUAACCAUACGACCAUUUGGGGCAGCUACUGGAAUGCUGGUCGCUGGGGCUACAAAUGUUGCAAGAGCUUCAUCAAGAACUCCUACUGCGUGGGCAUGCAGGAACCCGAGGGCUACUCAGAAGGUACAAUGAAUCCACCUGUUGCUGUCGCCAAUCCUGAUGCAUUGGCAAGAGUGCAAGCGGAAGAGCAGCAGACGGAGAAGGCAACCGUUGAAUCUGAAGUUGACUCGGCGCCCAGCUCAGAAUCUUCAGAGGAGGAAGAGGAAGUCGUGCAGGAGACCAAAAAGUCCAAGAAAAAGUCAAAGAAGCGUGAGAAGAAAAAGAAGGCCAAGGAGCAGCGAAAGAACAAAAAGAAGCACAAAGAGGCUAAAGAAAAGGAAAAAGAGGUGGCGAAAUCAAGUCGUUCCUCUAAGACCGUGCCUGAGGAGUUGGACGACAGGAAGCGACCAUACAACAGCAUGUACGAUGUCAAAGCGCCCACCGAGGAUGAGAUCGAGGAGUGGAAAAAGAAACGAACGCGCACCGAAGAUCCCAUGCUGCAAUUUCUUUAGGCUAAUCCUAUAAUGUAGCUCAAUAUCAGAGUUACAUAGCAUUGAAUAAGUUUAUAAUUCAGUUUAUUUAAUUUUAUAUGAAUCGCUUUGUUUAAUUCAUUUAAUUAUUUCAC